CUACCCACAAAGUAAGACAACAGAAGCAUCUCGCAUUUUAAGUCCAUUUUGUGAACCGUAUCUGUCUCAUUCUCAGCCCAACGAACUAUUGUAAUGAACUAUCAAUCGCUGGUACCAAGGUGACUGGAUAUUAGGCGUACGCAACCUCUUUUCUACCAGGUUUAUAUAUGAUGUUUUGAAACAUAGGGAUCUGAAGGUUGUCAUGUUGACAGCAAAGACACACAGCAAGGAGAACAUCUAGCUCAGGACCGUAACAGAAGAUUAUCGCACUCUUUGAGCUUUUGAAAGGGCAAACAUGCCAGCAGACGAUGAGGCAGGCACCUCAGGUCGCGGUCACAUUGUAAAUGCCAAGGAAAGGGCCACCUAUCUUCAGGACCGCAGCAUACACAUCGCCCCAAGCCCCACUGGAGCUUCAGAUCUGCCAUGGCCCACCUCUCCCCCAGACUACCGGCGCCCCAUCAGCAGGCCUGAGAUGAGGCCUCCCACCCAGACAACACCGCCUCCCGCUCAGGGGCUGGUGGGCAGGGUGGCGAGUUGGUUUGGCCCCACGAACAGCAACGGCGCGGGGGCGUCAGCCCGGGGGCGUUCCAGGGCGGCGUCUAAUGGCUCAGCCGCGCCCCCAGACUUCCUGGCGCAGUCAGAGGACCCCGACAAGCGGCGGCUCAGCCAGGCGCAGGCGAAGCCGAGGGAGCCCCCCGGGACGCUGGAGGCAAAGUGGCGGCAGGACUGCCUGGCCUUUGCGCGCGUGAAGAAGCUGGACCAUGUAGCAGACAUGCGCAUAUUCUACGUGGAUGCGGAUGCCAAAGACAGGGACGGUGAUCCUGUAGUGGUGGCAGUGGGUGCUCACUACCGCAGCGCUGCAGUGACCAGGGAAGACCUGCUGCUGCAUGUUGUGAAGGAGAUGGAGAAGGUUGGGUCACGCCCGUUUGUGGUGGUGUACUUCAACGCAGACGCUGACCUGGCAAUGAUCCCCGAGCCCAGCUUCUUCUUGGAUGCCCACUCCGCGCUCGCCCCCUCGCACCGCCGCCAGCUCAAGGCGUUCUAUGCGGUGCACCCCAACCGGCUGCUGCGCGCAUGGAUCAUGCUGCUGCGGCUGAGCGAGCCGGACAUCUACGGUCGCGUGUGCUUCUGCGAGUGCCUGGCGAAUUUGAAUCUGAAAUUCUCCGGGGGCGGCCGCGCGCCGUCACCGCCGCAGCACGUGCUUGACUAUGACGCCGAGCACUGA